AAAAAAGAAAAGAAAAAAAGAAAGAAAAAUAAAAAGAAAAAUAUCAUAAAGAGAGAAUGGUCUCUGCCUCUGGGCCUCUGGCUAUCAACCAGUGGGUCGAAGGAAUUUUUGGGCCUAGUUUACAAACCAAAGGCUUGGGCUCUGCGUGACCCAUGUUGAAAACCAAAGGCUCGGGCUUAAUAAAAUCGAUGGCCCAUGUUUGAGAAUAGCAGUAUAUAGCGGCCUUAUAAUUUCCCGUAAAAGUUAGUCUCGCAUUAGGAAAGAAGUGAUCAGCCAUUUGAACUGCUUGGCUUCAGUGAUUGGGAAGAGUGAACUGAGUUUCAUGCUACACGAUCGACAAGAAACUGAUUUUCGAACAUCGAUGGAGUUUUGAUGGAUUUACUUAGGUCAAAUUGUUUAGGAGAUUUAUCCACUCUCCGCAUGGAGCGUUGCAAUGGCCGAGCUUCGCGGCUUCCUAUGUUGAUAUUGAUAUCGUUGGAGAGCUCUGAAGUCCCAGAAUCUAUCAGGCAUUGUGCCGCCAGAGUUUUCCAAGCUUCGCUUCCUCAAACAGCUAGACCUCAGUCGGAACUGUCUCACUGGUUCUAUUCCUUCACAAUGGGCUACCAUGCGAUUGGUUGAACUCUCUUUCAUGGGAAACAAAUUGUCCGGCCCAUUCCCGAAAGUUCUUACUAAUAUCACCACCCUCAGAAACCUGAGCAUCGAAGGAAAUCAAUUUUCUGGCCGAAUUCCAGCAGAGAUCGGAAAACUAGUUAAUUUGGAGAAAUUAGUUCUGUCAUCAAAUGGCCUCACUGGAGAAUUGCCUAAAGCACUAGCGAAAUUGUCAAACAUAACUGAUAUGAGGAUAAGUGACAACAACUUCUCUGGAAAGAUACCCGAGUUCAUUAGUAAUUGGGCACAGAUUGAGAAAAUGCAUAUACAAGGCUGCUCCCUCGAGGGUCCCAUACCCUUAAGUAUCUCCACCAUGACAAGUUUAACUGAUCUGAGAAUAUCUGACUUAAUAGGUGGAAGGUCUCCUUUUCCAUCGUUGAGCAAAAUAAAAUCAUUGAAGACGCUGAUACUGCGGAAGUGCUUAAUUUUUGGAGAAAUUCCAAAAUACAUUGGGGACAUGAAAAAAUUGAAAAACCUUGACCUCAGCUACAAUGAUUUGACUGGCGAAGUUCCUGCAUCUUUUGAACGACUGGAAAAAAUAGAUUACAUAUUUUUGACAGGAAACAAGCUCAAUGGAAUUAUUCCUGGUUGGAUUUUAGGAAGCAACAAGAACGUAGAUCUUUCUAACAACAACUUCACUUGGGAAAACUCAAGCCCAGCUGAGUGCCCUCGUGGGAGUGUAAAUUUAGUAGAGACUUACUCACCGUCUGCGGAAAAAUUAACUAGAAUCCAUCCCUGCCUAAAACGGAACUUUCCUUGUCCUGCAUCAAGGGAACAGCGUCACUACUCCUUGCACAUUAACUGUGGCGGUAAAGAAGCAUUUGUAAGGGGUGAAAGGUAUGAAGCAGAUAGAGAAGGUGCUUCAAUGUUUUAUACUGGUCAGAAUUGGGCUUUUAGCAGCACGGGAAGCUUUAUGGACAAUGAUGUUGAUGCUGAUAACUACAUCAUAACAAAUACAUCCUCUCUUUCAAAUGUCUCUAUGACUGAUUCAGAACUGUAUACAAAAGCGAGAAACUCUCCUCAAUCUCUUACAUACUAUGGGCUAUGUCUCAUAAAUGGGAAUUAUACUGUAAAACUCCACUUUGCAGAGAUUGUAUUUAUAAAUGACAGUUCAUUCAACAGCCUGGGGAGGCGAGUUUUUGAUGUGUACAUUCAGGAAAAGCCAGUCCUGAAAGAUUUUGAUAUAGAACAUGAAGCAGGAGGUACAGGUAAGCCCAUUAUAAAAACGUUUACUGUAGUUGUCACAAGUCAUACAUUGAAGAUCCAUUUCUACUGGGCUGGAAGAGGAACAACAGGAAUUCCACUUAGAGGAAAUUAUGGUCCUCUGAUAUCAGCUAUUUCUGUAGAUCCCAAUUUUACGCCUCCUAAGAACCAUGUGAAGAAGCAUCACACCAUCAUAAUUAUUGGGACUGUAGCAGCAGCUUUUGUUCUCCUUCUUCUGGUGCUAUGUAUUAUGAGGAGGAAUGGAUGGCUGGGAGGCAAGGAAUCUGUAUAUAAAGAGCUUAGAGGUAUAGAUCUGCAAACAGGAUUAUUUACAAUAAGACAGGUUAAAGCGGCCACUAAAAAUUUUGAUGCUGAAAACAAAAUUGGGGAAGGUGGUUUUGGUGCAGUUUACAAGGGUCUCUUGUCAGAUGGCACUAUAAUUGCAGUCAAGCAGUUGUCGUCAAAAUCAAAGCAAGGAAAUCGAGAAUUUGUUAAUGAAAUAGGCAUGAUAUCUGCAUUGCAACAUCCAAAUCUUGUCAAGCUUUAUGGAUGUUGUGUUGAUGGGAACCAACUAAUGUUGAUUUAUGAAUACAUGGAAAAUAAUUGCUUAUCACGUGCCCUUUUCAGAAAUGACCCAGCUUCUAAAUUGAAAUUGGACUGGCCCACCAGACAGAAAAUUUGUCUGGGAAUAGCUAGAGGUUUGGCUUAUCUUCACGAGGAGUCAAGACUAAAAAUCGUACAUAGGGAUAUCAAGACAAGUAAUGUGUUGCUUGAUAAAGAUUUCAAUGCUAAAAUUUCUGAUUUUGGCUUGGCUAAGCUUCAUGAAGAUGACAAUACCCAUAUCAGCACUAGAGUUGCUGGAACCAUUGGUUAUAUGGCACCUGAAUAUGCAAUGCGUGGAUGCUUGACCUGCAAAGCUGAUGUUUAUAGCUUUGGAGUUGUUGCCUUGGAAAUUGUCAGUGGCAAAAGCAAUACUAACUACAGGCCUAAAGAGGAAUUUGUUUACCUUCUUGAUUGGGCAUCUGUUCUGCAAGAAAAAGGAAGCCUAUUGGAAUUGGUGGAUCCAGCCUUGGGCUCAGAUUAUUCAUCAGAAGAAGCAAUGGUGAUGCUAAAUGUGGCUCUCCUUUGCACCAACGCAUCUCCAACUCUGCGGCCUCUAAUGUCCCAAGUUGUCAGCAUGCUUGAAGGUCGAACUCCAGUGCAAGCACUUCUUUCUGACCCAGGAUUUUCAGCCAUCAAUUCCAAAUUGAAAGCUCUCAGAAAUCACUUUUGGCAACAAUUGAGCCCGACACGCAGUUUAUCAUUGGACGAUUUCCCUAGUGAAUCUUUGAGUUCGAAUGUGGACCUCGAGGUAGAAGAGAAUUACAAUCUUGUAAGAUCCCAUUCUGGAAUAAAUUAGUAAAUGGAUGCGAGUAUAUAUGGUUUUUGUAAAACCACAAUAUUAAGUUGUGGCAAAAUCAACGUAAAGAUUAUAGUCUGUGCUGCUGAAUGAGUAAGGCAAAGUUUUACAGCAUUCCUUUGAAGCCCACAGACCACAGCUUUGCGUCUCUUGUUUAAGUUAUGAAUUUCCAUGAUGUAAAUUUCUUCUUUCAUGGAGAAUAGAAUCAAUAGAGGGUUUUGUUAUAAAUUAUAAUGUCAUUGUUCUUUUU